GCCGCCGCUGCUCCCGGACCCGGAAGUGUCGCAGCGCAGGACGGGGCGCUUCGCAGGGCGGCGAGGGAAGGUCAAAUGGCGGCGCUGCUGGGCGGGUUGGCCUUUUUGGGCUCCGCGGCCGGCAGGCAACUUUUGCCUGUUCCCACACUCAGUGCAACUGUAGUAAGAUUUGCAUCCAAAAAAACUGGAGGCAGCACCAAAAAUCGUGGAGGGAACAGAACUGGGAAAAGAUAUGGCUUCAAAAAAUUAGAUGGACAGUUUGUUCACGCAGGCAACAUAUUGGCCACCCAGCGUGUGAUUCGGUGGCAUCCGGGAGCUCACGUGGGGAUGGGCUGGAACAAAUGGUUGUAUGCUCUUGAAGAUGGAAUUGUGAGGUUCACUAAAGAAGUCUAUGUACCUCCUGCCCGCGGCAAGGAAAGCCGAGAAGUGAUCUGCCGGUUGCCCAAAGGAGCUGUGCUAUAUAAAACUUUCAUCAACGUUGUUCCUACCGGAGAAGUGGGAAGUUUUAAGUUGAUCACCAUGAUCUGAGAGCUAGUUCUGAAUGACUUUUGUUUAGUCCUCUGCAGCUGGGAAUGAAACAAUAUUUGGAGCAACUAUAGCAUAUCAUACAGAGACAUGCUUUUAACACACAGCUCUGAUGUGAUGCUGAUGAAAGAAAGAUAGUAUUUUUUUCCCAAAACACAACAGUAGUACUACUGCUGCUUACUUCAGAGGAACUAUCUCAAGCUAAUUCUUUACUCUUGGGGUAAAAGCAGAUGCUGGAGGUAGGUUUCCAAUUUAAGAGUGUCCUUAAGCAUUCUCAGCAGAUUUUGUAACCAGUAUGUCUACCUACAGACAUAUGAAAUUAUUUCUUCCCAACUUUAGCGCGUCACAAUUUGUACACAUUGUAAUAUCAUUAUUUGUACAUUAUGCCAGCGUAUGCACACAAUAAACUUUUGCAGUGUUGCCUGCUAUGUACCAAA